AUGAAACGACCCGACUAUCCCUUCGCCCCUUCCACCUCCCACCCCUCCUCGAACGCCAAAGUCUACGACUCGUACGACGCCAGCUCACCACCACCUCACCCAGGUCCCCGCUGGACCCGCUUUGUCUGCAUAUCCGACACGCACUCGCGUACGAGCUACCCGCUUCCCCCUGGCGAUGUACUACUCCAUGCUGGAGACCUGAGCAGCCACGGGCGGCCCUCGCAUCUGACGAAGACGCUUGAGUGGCUGUUGGAGCAGCCGCACGCAGAGAAGGUGAUCAUCGCAGGCAACCAUGACCACAGUCUCGACCAAACCAACAUGCCGCGCCACGGCAAACACAAACAGAAGAACCGGAUCUUCCUAGACGUAACCGACGCGCAACUCGACGACCUCUACGACAUGGUCAAGGGCGAGCGCGCGCGGGAAGCACAUAUCCAUUAUCUCGAGCACGAGAGUCUCGAGUUGAAGCUUGAUAAUGGGAAGACGUGGAAGUUAUAUGGGUCACCGGCUGCACCGAUGUACGCAUGGGGUUCAUUUCAGUACGUGGACGACGAAGAAGCGCGCGCCAUAUACAACCCCAUACCCCCCGACACCUCCAUCCUCCUAACCCACACCCCGCCCCAAUCGAUCCGCGACCUCAGCUCAAGCGGCGCCCGCGCCGGCUGCCCCAUCCUCUCCAAACGCCUGAAAGACCUCAAACAGUGCCGACUACACGUGUUCGGACACAUACACGAGAGCCAUGGGUACGAGAUGCAUGGAGUCGGAGAGUAUGAGAGGGUCUCGGUUAAUGGGGCUAUGGCGUAUGGUGGACAGGCCAUUAUUGUUGAUUUGAAGAAUGAGAUUGGGGAUGAGGUUGCUGAUGAGGAUAAGAGUGGCGUAGAGGGUGCUAUACUCGGUAUCACGGGUAUGACUCUCAAGUAG